CCUCGCGCGGUGCCUGCUGGGAGUGUGGCCCUGUCCCCGAGGGCCCUUCGGCCAGGAGGAGGAGGAAGAGGCGGCGGCGGCCCCGCGGUGCAUGGCUGCCGGAGUCCGGAUAGCUCUUCCCUCAGUUCUUCCCCACCGCUGCGAGGCACCGGAGCGUCCCCUCUGCCAGAGCCCUCGGCUCCCCUGCACCCUUCCAUGAUCGGCUCCGCCAUGACCACCUCCAUCAGCGGCCUGGGGUCUCCCUUCCCCGUCAUCAGCUCCUCCAUGGGGUCCCCCGGACUCCCGGCGACACCCUCCAUUGGCUACGGGCCUGUCAGCAGCCCCCAGAUCAACUCCACGGUGAACCUGUCGGGACUCCACUCGGUCAGCAGCUCGGACGACGUGAAGCCCCCCCUGGGCAUGCGGGUGGUGGCCGGCCACCCCCACGGAGCCAUGAUGCCCGGGAAGCGGCUCUGCGCCAUCUGCGGCGACCGGUCGUCAGGGAAGCACUACGGGGUCUACAGCUGCGAGGGCUGCAAAGGUUUCUUCAAGCGGACCAUCCGGAAGGACCUCAGCUACACCUGCCGCGACAACAAGGACUGCAUCGUGGACAAGCGCCAGCGCAACCGCUGCCAGUACUGCCGCUACCAGAAAUGCCUGGCCACCGGCAUGAAGCGCGAAGCGGUGCAGGAGGAGCGCCAGCGCGGGAAGGACAAGGACGGGGAGGGGGAUCUGGCCGGGGGCGGGGCCAACGAGGACAUGCCGGUGGAGAAGAUCCUGGAGGCGGAGCUGGCCGUGGAGCAGAAGUCCGACCAGGGGGUGGACGGAGCCGGCGCCACGGGGGGCAGCUCGGUGAGUUGGGGUGGUGGUGCUGCGGGAUCAGAACGCUCGCCCCGGACGUUUGACGUCAACGAGCCCAACGACCCCGUCACCAACAUCUGCCAGGCGGCCGACAAGCAGCUCUUCACCCUGGUGGAGUGGGCCAAGCGGAUCCCCCACUUCUCGGAGCUGCCUCUCGACGACCAGGUCAUCCUGCUUCGGGCGGGCUGGAACGAGCUGCUCAUUGCCUCCUUUUCCCACCGCUCCAUUUCCGUGAAAGACGGCAUCCUUCUGGCCACCGGCCUCCACGUUCAUCGCAACAGCGCCCACAGCGCCGGCGUGGGGGCCAUCUUUGACAGGGUCCUGACAGAGCUGGUGUCCAAGAUGCGAGACAUGCGCAUGGACAAGACAGAGCUGGGCUGCCUGCGGGCCAUCAUCCUCUUCAACCCAGAUGCGAAGGGUCUCUCCAACCCCGGAGAGGUGGAGCUGCUGCGCGAGAAGGUUUACGCCUCCCUCGAGUCCUACUGCAAACAGAAGUAUCCUGAGCAACAGGGCAGGUUUGCCAAGCUGCUCCUGCGUCUUCCUGCGCUUCGUUCCAUCGGCCUGAAAUGCCUGGAGCACCUCUUUUUCUUCAAGCUGAUUGGGGACACCCCCAUCGACACCUUCCUCAUGGAGAUGCUGGAAGCCCCCCACCAGAUGUCCUGACCGCCCUCUUCCUCCUCCCCCCCCCAAGUCACUCCUGCCGACAGAGAGAAAAGGGGGCGCAGAGUGGGCUCCGCUUUGGUGGGGGUCGCGGCAGGGGCUGGACUUGGCGCGCCCCUCACUCGCCUCUCUCUUCGCCACGACACCGGCCAUCCCAUCAGCUGCCUCUCUCUUCCCCCCCCCCCUCGACACCCCCGCCCCACGCACCCCCCACCACCUCCAGAAGAGCCCCCAAAGUGAGGUGAUGUUGGCUUCCUCAAACGGAUGGAUUUUUAGGGGUUCAGGACAUGGGAGGGGUCGCUUUCUGUCCAGAUCUCCCCGACACACUCCAGGGCUGUGGGGGGCGAUUUACGGUUGGGGGGGUUCCUCGAUGGGGGGGAGGGACCUCAAGGGAUGCGGGUUUUAAAGGCACGGUACUGUGUUUCGGGGGGCGGCCCUCUCUUUGCCGUGGGUCUCCUGUGGCCCCCCCCCGACUGCCCACCUUUGAGCUUUGCAGGCUGGGGGUGGGGUGAGGUCUCCCCUCUUCUGCCCCACGGAUACAGACAGCCGGGUUCUGCGGUUGUGAGGGGCAGGGCGGGGGGCUUUUGGGGCGCAGCUCCCGACCCCAAAGAGGAUUCACGCGACAGACUUAUUUUAGAGAAUGUGGGGAGGGGCACUGUGACCUCCCACCGACAGCCCCCGUCACCCCAAAGCAGGGGCACUUUUUUUAAAAAAAAAGAAAAAAAAACGGUUUCUAAGGUAUUUGGGGAAUGCUAAGCUUGUAGGGGGAAGGGGUCGAGUUUUUACCUCAAUAAUGGUUAUCAGAAAAUACGGUUUCCUAUAUUCUUUCCCUCCCCCCACCCCCCAGAUAGAGGCCUAAGCAAACCUCUCCCCCUCUCCUCUCUUUCUCCUCCCACCCCCCCCCCCAAUUUCUGGUUUAGCACUUUGGACGUGACCCUGUUCCUCAUCUAUGCAAGGAGGUGUGGAGUUUGGGGAGGGAGGGUGGGACAAUAGAGAGCCACCCCCCCAUGCAUGUGUUUCUCUCUACGCCAGGAAACACGCCCCCCCCAAAAAAAAACAAGGCUGAGGUGGUUCCCAUUUGGCCUCCUCCCUUCCCCAAGAAUGUCCUGGGCAACCUAAUCAGAUGGACGGCAUAUAAACAAUAAAUUUAUGGUUAUUAUUGGGGGGGGCAGAGCUGGGUCGAUGUGCUUCAUGCGCCCCCCCCACCUCAAGGUCGGUGGGGAGUAACCCAGUGCUCCCCAGCCCAUAUCCCUUGGGGUCUUUACUCCUCCUCCAUUAUCCUUGGGGUGUCCUGGUCGGGGGGGGGGGUGUUGGCGGUGACCCACAUGCAUGGCUCUGCUCUCUAUUUGGGCUCCUCCCCCCCUCCCCCAGCAUGCCCAUAUUCAUUCGCUGCUUCCCCCACCCCCCACCCCCAUUUAUUUUAUUUCUGUUAUUAAAUACACACACACCCCAACUUGAAUCUCUGCUUCUGGAACAUGUUGAUUUUAAUAAAAGCUGCUCUUUCCGGAGGGGGGGCUCCCUCUCUCCCCCCCUCUCCAUGUG